GCAACCCAAAGUCGCAAGGCCCCAGACAGAAAAAUUGCCCUCGUCCUGCUCCCUCUCUGCAACUGCGUACAAUAAUUGCGUGUCCAACAAGAUUAGUCAGUCUUUCCCUCAGAAUCCCCAUUUCCCCAUGCUCCCCCUCCUUCCUUUCUCUUUCCAAUAAUGCUUCUCUCUCCUCUCCCCUCCGCCGCUGACCCGCCGCGCCUCAGCCACGACAUUGACUCCUCCUGCUCCACUCCUUUCGUCAGCGCUCCCUCCAGCCCCGCCCAUGCUCCGCCCUCCGGCUACUUCCACAGCGCUCCUGCCAGCCCUAUGCAUUUCAAAAUCAAAUCAUUGCAGCCGGACUACGAUGCGCCCGUGUUUCUCACCUCUGAUUCCGCUUCAUUCGAGUUCGAGUUUUCAUCUAGGUUUUCUCCUACCGGCUUGGGCAGCGGCUCGAUGACGUCGGCGGACGAGCUGUUCUUCAACGGUCAGAUCCGGCCGAUGAGGCAGUCGUCGCAUUUUCCGAGGCCGGUUUUGGAUCUGUGCGGCGGAGAUCUGAAGGUGCGCGAAGCUGCGAAAUACUCGCACCGCAAAGCUAGAUCCAUGUCGCCGCUGCGUACCGAGUGGCACGGCUUCAGCUGCGGCGACACCGCCGGAGUCCGGGAGAGCGAGGCGAAGGAGAUCAAUGAGUCGGCCGAGACGACGCCGUCCUGCUCGGCGUCAUCGUCGCGGUCGUCGUCGUCGUCGGGGAGAAACUCGAAGAAGUGGAUAUUUCUCAAGGAUCUUCUGCACCGGAGCAUGAGCGAGGGGAGAGCGAACAACAAGGAGAAGUUCUGGUCGUCUAUCUCGUUCUCUCCGGCGAAGGAGGAGAGGAAGAAGGCGACCGCCGAGAAGAAAGGCAGAGUUGAGACGAAGAGAGAAGCGAAGGCUCCGGCGGUGGGAAAACCUGCGAAUGGCGUGUGGCGGAGGCCGUCGGCGCACGAGCUGCAUUACACGGCGAAUAGAGCGCAGGCGGAGGAGAUGAAGAAGAAGACGUUUCUGCCGUACCGGCAAGGCCUGUUUGGGUGCCUGGGGUUCAGCUCCAAGAGCUAUGGCGCCUUCACUGAAUUUACCAGAAAACUUAAUCCUUUUUCAUCCGGUUGAGAUCGAUCGAUCCACUUUCAAACAAUAAUUAUUAUCAAAUCUUUGAAUUGUGGAGAUUUAAUGAA